AUGUCUGCCGCGUCCUUGAAUCGUGAGACUGCCUUCCAGGCACGAUCUUUGUUCCGCUCGCUUCUCCGCUAUUCCGGACAGUUUUCCAACUACAACUUCCGUGAAUACGCUCGUCGGAAGACAAGGGACUCGUUCCGCGAGCACCAAAACACCACGGAGGAACGCCGGGUACAGGAACUGAUCCAGGAGGGACUUCAGAGCUUGCGCUUGCUGAAGAGACAAACCAUCAUCAGCCAGUUCUACCAAUUGGAUAAGUUGGUGGUGGAAGGCCAGAAGACAGUAAGUCCUACCUUGAUUUAG